AGACCCAGCAGGCAUCGCCGCCAAGCAUGGCUACAUCUCAGGGGUCGGGAAUAGCUUCAUGGGCAUCUCAGGACGAGGAUUCCUGGUCUGAUCGCCUCAGGAAGCGCCAGGGAGCUCCAUAA